AUGGAAGCUAUGUUUAAGUUAUCUUCUGUUGGUGACCUCCCUCACUUUAUGCAGCAACAUGGUAAUUCGUAUUUGAGUCACAAAGCUGACAAAUCAUAGCCAGACACACAUGCCGGAAAUUUUUGAAAUAAUUUGAUCUUUCAUAGUUGUCGUCAGAUGUGCUGUUCCACAGACCUCUAGGUGCCUCAUUUGGCUAGUUCGAAAUGGAAUAUUCCAUCGAGGGCCCGAGAAGUUACAGUUUGCUCCGAAACCGAAAAACAGAGGUGUGACUGUAUAAAGGACAACAGAAAGCACCUUUACAAAUCGGCGUCAAGUCGAAGUUUAACAAAUGUAUUUGCUCAUACAUUGAUUUUGCGGGUGUGGGAACAAAUCAGAGAGUUUAGAUGGCUUUAGCAUCGGCGUCAAGUAUACGUUCAAACACUGGUCCUCCAAAAGCUCUCUCAUACUUCACAGCCUCCUUUUCAGUUUUCCUGAUAAUUUUAUAACUAUUCCUGGAAACUUUCUCGUUUGUUUGGCCGUCAUAAAAGAUCCCUUCAGGAACUUAAAAAGGUCUUUUAACUAUUUCCUGUCAAGUCUAGCGGCCACUGAUCUGGUUGUGGGAACGAUUAUGGAUCCCGUAUCAGUUGCCUUUCACACCAGCGAAGGGCUUCAACUAAACAUCGUAGAUAUCAAAAUCUUGCACAUUUUAUACUUUAUUUUGUGCACGGCGUCUAUUUUAAUACUCAUGGCACUUACCGUGGAGAGAUAUGUGGCCGUAUCUUCGCCAGAGAAGUACAAAACAAUGGUUACCUCCAAGCGCGCUAUUUUAACAUCCCUCUUAAUUUGGCUAGCGGCACUAGGGUUUUCUUUUGCAUACUUCAAACUCGGAUUUAUAUUCUACUCCUUUAUAUUUGCAAACACUGCUGUUCUCAGCACGUUUGGGGUUCUCAUCUUUGUUCAUGUAGGAAUACUUAAACGACUGCGACAAAGAUCGAGAUAUUGGCGAAAGAGGGGAGAAAUGGAGAGCAGGAAGUCUAAUUUACAGGAGAACCAGAAAAAAAUUGAUCAAUGCAAAGAAGGACAGAAAAGCAGUCAAAGCAUUGAUGAUUGUGCUUCUUGCAUUUUUUGCUUCGUUCACACCAGCCUGUGUUAUGAUUUACUUUUCAAAUUUUUGC